AAAUUCUGUUUUCCAUAUUUUAUAGUGCAAGUUUCUGUUCAUUGGAUAAACUUGUGCAAAAUUAUAAUGAAAUUCUUCUCUUUUACAGAUCUAGUUCAGCUAAGAAACGACAAAAGACAAUGACGAAUAAUCUGCGUCAAAGAGGAUCUCAGGUCAACAGUCAGCCUUCAAAUGAUGCAGCAGCUCCACUGCAGAACAAUGACAACAUUAAUAUCGUCCUCCUGGGGAAAACCGGAGUUGGGAAAAGUUCCUCAGGAAACACCAUCCUGGGAGAGAACAGAUUCCCAUGUAAAAGAAGUCUCUCCUCUUACACACGUGUAUCUAGUGUUGAGAGAUCAGAGAUUAAUGGCAGAUCUGUGUCUGUCAUCGACACUCCUGGGUUUUUUGAUACUAAUCUUCCAAAAGAGAAGCUCUCAGACGAGUUUGCGAGGAGUGUGUAUCUGUCUGCUCCAGGAGUUCAUGCGUUUUUAUUUGUUGUGCCGUUUGGCAGGUUCACAGAGCAGGAGGAAGAGAUAUUGACAAAAAUGCAGAAGGUUUUUGGUAAAGAAGUGCUGAAGCAUGUUAUCAUUCUCUUCACAUACGGAGAUGAAUGUGACAGAGAGAAUAUAGAGGCAGAGAUCAAUGAGAAUCCAAUUGUCAAAAGAGUCGUAGAGAAAUGUCAGAAUUAUCAUGUGAUCAACAACAGAGAUCUGACUGACAGACAGCAGGUCAAUGAUCUACUCCUGAAGAUUGACACGAUGAUAGAGUGGAACGGGUGCUACACCAAUAAGAUGUAUAAAUAUGCUCAAAUGUCCACAUUUGAACGCUUCUGUAAAAUAUUCAGAGAAUAUUUUGAUGCUGUCAUCGACUUCCUCCGUGAAAAAACAAAAUGUCUUAAAAGGACCUUGGAAGAAAUUUUAGAUAACGCAUACGAGCAACUGAACAAUGAUGACUAAAAACAAAAUUUUGAUGUAAACAAUUCUGUUAUUAUUAUUUGUAACUUUUGGUGUGUAACUUCUGUUUCGUUUGGCAACAUACAUUAAACAAUCUAUAAAUCUGAUUAAACCCAAAUUAUUUCACAUUUUUGUUUCAGCACAUAAGGCAAAAGUCAUUGUUUAAGAAAUAUUUGUAAGAUUUAAUUGUUUGCUUAUGUUAAAGGUAUA